AUGUUUGAAGAGAAGCUCGUCGUUGGCGUGGCAUCGGCCUGCUCCACUCUUGCCGUCGUCGUUGUCCUGGUUGUCGUGCCAUCGCUUUACAAUACUAUCAAUGAAAUUCACGACCAAGUACUUGAUGGAGUGUCAGUAUUCCGUGUGGAGACCGAUUCUGCCUGGACUGAAAUGAUGGAUAUUCAAAUUGCCGUCUCUCCACCUUCGAAGCCUCGCACAAUCCCUUCAACUCGAUAUUCCGUCAGAAAAGGCAAGACUUUUCUGGACUUCCAGCUUGGUGCCAGUGUGUACCACCAAAACCAGUCUGUCCACCUGGGCCUCCUGGACCUCCUGGCCAGCCUGGACAACCUGGUAUGUACAGUUUUCUCAGCUUUUAUCGCCUUCCAUUUCGCUUGA